GCGCAUUACAGAGAGUGAUUGAGGAGAAGACCAGAAAGAGAGCGUGUGCGCGAGAUCGAAUAGUUUAUUGCAAUAGCGACUGGAGGACUGGAUUACGCCGCUUUAAUCCUCAGGAGACUUUGUGGGACGUUUUGAAGGUGGUUCACACAAUUUCAAGCGCCCCAGGAAUUCCAUGGAUGUUAGUUGUUGCAUUUCGCCAAGGCUUUGUGGAGUUCUUCAUAUUGGAUUCAUCGCUCCUUUGCCGUCACCAUAAAAGUCACCUGUAUCCAUCUUUGCACCUAAAGGUUGUUCCAAUGCUCAUGGGGAACUGUCUGCUGCUGUUCCUCUGGUGCCUCUUAGACAAAAGCUUUGUUUCUCCCCUCCACUCUUCAUCCCAGAGCAGGAUGGGGCAGGAGCAGCACAGGAACAUGAUGGCACAUAGGAAACAUGGCAUGAUGGGAGUUCACAGAGUCAAGAGAGGAUGGGUGUGGAACCAGUUCUUUGUUCUGGAGGAAUACAUGGGUUCUGAUCCGCAGUAUGUUGGAAAGCUUCACUCUGACCUGGAUAAGGGAGAUAGUAUGGUGAAGUACACACUCUCAGGUGAAGGAGUUGGCUCUAUUUUCACGAUCGAGCCAAGCACUGGAGACAUCCAUGCCUUAAGGAGCCUGGACCGAGAAGAGAAGCCUUAUUACACACUGAGAGCGCAGGCUGUGGACGUGCUCACAGGCAGAACCUUAGAGCCCGAGUCUGAGUUUAUUAUCAAAGUCCAGGACAUCAAUGACAAUGAGCCAAGGUUCCUGGAGGGCCCAUACUCGGCUAGCGUCCCAGAGAUGUCACCCGUCGGCACAUAUGUGACGCAAAUAACCGCCACUGACGCUGAUGACCCUACUUAUGGAAACAGCGCACGGAUUGUGUACAGCAUCCUUCAUGGGCAGCCCUACUUCUCUGUUGACCCCAAGACAGGGAUCAUAAGAGUUGCCUUACCCAACAUGGAUAGGGAGGUUAAAGAAAUGUACCAGGUGGUCAUACAGGCUAAGGAUAUGGGUGGUCAGCUCGGAGGUUUAGCUGGGACCACAACCAUCAAUAUCACUCUCCUUGAUGUCAAUGACAACCCACCACGGUUUUCUAAAAGUAUCUUUCACCUGCGCGUUCCUGAAUCUUCACCUGUGGGCUCGUCGGUGGGGAGGGUCAAAGCUCAUGAUCUGGACUCUGGGAAGAAUGCUGAAGUGGAAUAUAGCAUCGUUCCUGGUGAUGGAGGCUCCAUGUUUGAUAUUUACAGCAAUAAGAACACUCAAGAGGGAACAGUCAUACUAAAAAAGCGUCUGGACUAUGAGACCAGAAAGGCCUACACCUUUAAAGUAGAAGCUUCAAACGCAGCUCUUGAUCAUCGAUUCCUACAUUUGGGACCUUUUAAGGACACUGCCAUAGUGAAAGUGAAUGUUCUGGAUGUGGAGGAACCUCCUGUCUUCAGCCGGCUGUCUUAUAGAAUGGAGACAUACGAGGACACACCAGUGGGCAUCAUUGUCGGAGCCGUCACAGCUGAGGACCUAGAUGUAGGCAACAGUCCUGUUAGAUAUUCUGUUGAGUGGAGAAAGGACUCUGAAAACCACUUUGACAUUGACCCUGUUGAAGGAACUCUGUCUGUCAGUGAAACCCUGGACAGAGAGAGAAAUACAGAACACAACGUCACUGUUGUAGCAACAAAAGUUAACAACCCGCUGCUGUCCAGCAAAGUUACUGUCACAAUCAAAGUGCUGGAUGUCAAUGAAUUUCCUCCAGAACUUGCCUUUGUAUAUGAGACAUUUGUUUGUGAAAAUGCAAAAGUAGGACAGGUGAUUCAGAUCAUCAGCGCCACAGACAGAGACAUGCCUGCUGUCAAGCACCGAUUCUACUUCAAAUCCCCUUCACAGACCAGGAACAGAAACUUCACAAUCAGGGACUAUGGAAACAACACAUCUGGAGUGGUGACCAGGCGAGGGGGGUUCCGGAGACUGGAGCAGAGCAUGUACCUGGUGCCGGUCGUUGUGGAGGAUGGCGGGUAUCCGAUCCGAAGCAGCACGGGGACGGUGUCGGUGCGGGUGUGUACCUGCGACACAGACGACUCCCUCAUUUCCUGCAAUGCGGAAGCCAUCUUCUUUCCCAUGGGACUCAGCACUGGAGCUCUAAUGGCCAUUCUGCUGUGCAUUGUCAUUCUGCUGGUGAUGGUGGUGCUCUAUAUGGGCCUGAGAAAACACAAGAAGAAGGGCACUCUGAUGUCUUCUAAAGAGGACAUCCGGGACAAUGUGAUCCACUACGACGAUGAGGGGGGUGGGGAAGAGGACACCCAGGCCUUUGACAUAGGUACGUUACGCAAUCCCAAAGGCAUCAAAGAGACGGCGCAGCUGCAAAAAAUAAGAUCAGAGGAUGAGCCCGAUCGGGCUAGUGCGUGCAUGCCCAACGAGGACAGCGAGGACAUCCGAGCCUACAUCCAUCACUGUCUUCUGGAGAACUCAACACCUCCGUAUGACUCUCUGGUCACGUAUGCAUAUGAGGGAGAGGGAUCGGUGGCCGAGUCUCUCAGUUCCAUUGAGUCCUGGGUGCUUGAACCCAAGGAGGAUUACAGAAAUCUCUGUGACUGGGGUCCUCGCUUCAAAACACUGGCUGGGAUAUUUAAAGAGCAUGAGUGUAAGGACACGGGAAAGACGGAAAAUGAAGCACACGCUGAGGCACUAAAUGACAGACUGGACUGAGAGCAUUUUCACACUCUCACAGUUUAUUUAUUUCAGG